AUGGCCAUGAGGCUUGCGCGGGGUGCCACCGUGUGCCUUGUCGUUUCUAUGCUAUGUAGUGUGCAGGGUGGUAUUGCAUUCAGCAAGAGGGUAGUGCGAGAGAGAUAUUGUGAUUCACUGAGAAGAUCAAUUAAUUCAAUAAGUGGCCGCUGCACAGCCUUGCUUCAGGCCCUUCAUGGUAGCCGGGAUCGUGCAAAGGUUGUGAGGACAUCCUGUGAGAAGGCUGCUAGACUAAGUGAAACUAGGGAAGGGACGGAAAACGCUAACUCGGAUAAAGUGAAAUUAGUAGUGGAACAAUACAAUGCCAUUAGAUAUAUUGAGACUCAGGUAAUUGAGUACAAGAAAGACGUGCGCGAGUUGCUUAAUGGUAUAAGAAAGCAUUGCGGCUUCUGGUCGUCUUUCAUGCCAGUGUCUUCUGAGCUCAAGCGUGAAGCGAGAGUCAAAUUGUGGAAGGCCAAAUCUUUAGUAUCAAAGAUGGAGGUGCUGUCAAGGGAAGCGGAGACAAGCGAAGUGAAAGCCAGAACGACACAAUGCAGUUCCGCUGAAUCGAAGAACGCAUUGGGCGGAGAGGGAGACAAAAAGCCAGAGAAAGAAGGUGGGGAGCCCAACGAUGGAAGCGCAGCAUCCGAAACGCCCGAAGGCACUGCCCCGCCUGUUGGUGGUGAAAAUGUAACCUCGCAGUGA